UAUUAAAUUGCCUUUAUUUAAUCAGAUUCUCAAGUGUAAGUGUCCAUUAUCUACGAACGAGGGACGAAAACAAGCGGAAUAAUCGCGACUAAAUUCGCUGUUGCUAGGGGCAACCGGCGAAACUUUGUAUACACAAACGGUUGCUUUUUACACAAGCCAUUGUAUCACUGCAGCUCAUUGCGUCGAGACGCCUUCGUGACAAACCGGAUUAUUCUGCAACAUAUAUAGCCAUGGCAGCCUAUUUCCAAAUCGCAUCCCCUACGAAAAAUCCUAUAGACCUCAAAACGAUGAUCAAAGACACAAAACAGGAUAUGGAUGAUGUCCACCAAGCCCUGGAAAAACUCAGAAGUCUCUCACACGAAGAGAGAACAGAGGGAGACGUGUUGCAUUCAAGAAUCGACGAACAGUCUUCUCUGAUCUGCAUUCUGAAGCACAGAGCAGACGAGAUGCUUCUGCGCUGUCAGGCUCUGGAAAACAUCAACUCAGAGUUGGAGAACCUGAGAGCCAACGUUCAGGUCGAGCUGGAGAACGAGAGGAAGAAAUCCGAACAGCUGGAGCAGAGAUUCAUGGACCUGGCCGCCAACCACAAAGAGCUGAUCAACUUCAAGGAUGAGUACAAAAGCCAGAACGCAAAGCUGACUAAAGAGAACGAGGGACUGAGAGAAGAAAAUGACAAUCUUUUCAGCAAAGAACUACAAGAAAAAGAGGAGAUCAUCCUCAAACUCACCCAAGAACUCAAAGACUUGGCGAAACAGCAUAAGAGAUUUGAAACCGAGUAUCAGAAGAAAACAACAGGUUUUCAGAUCAAACUGAAGGAACUGAUGAAUCUCCAUCAGAUCAAAGAGGCUUCAUUGAAGAAUGAACUAAACGAUGCUCAAAAACAGCUCAAGAAUGCAGUUGAGAUGUGCGCAGAACUGGAUCUCAGACUAAGACAAACCCAGGAAAAGGAGACAAUGAGAGACACUGAGACUCGAGAGAGACUGGACAAUCUCAUGAAGGAAAACAAUGAACUAAUUGAUCUCUCAUUGCAGCGAGGGAAAAUUAUACAGGACAAGCAAACUGAAAUUCUGGAGCUGGAGCGGAAAAGACAGGAGGCAGAGAGCGGCAGACUAGAUGCAGAGCACAGGUUUGAAAAGGAGGCAGCAGCCGUUAACAGUGAAUUAAAAGUGAAGGAGCUUCAAUAUGGCUUAGAAAGGGCAGAAGACACAUGCAAUGAGCUGAAAAAGGAGUUUGAGGCAUAUAAAAAGCACAGCAGUGAACUGCUUGAAAAGGAGAAGGAGUUAAACUGCAAACUUCGCCACUUGAUCAUCUGAACACUCCAUCCUGUCAAUUCAUUUGUAUUUCUACAAUUAAAGUCAUGAUAAAAACCAUAAUCAGAUUCUUUCAUUAAAGUCAUCCUUGAUGAACCAUCUUUUUCUCAUACUGACUUUAGAGUGAUACACAGUAUAAAUAAACCACAAAGACUCAUAAGUGAACAUCUUCCUUCAAUAGGGGGCAGUGCAGUAUACUUCUGUUGCAAAAAAACCUCUGUGUGCUCCCACAGUUUCUUGAUGGUUUAAAAAGACACUACAUGAUCCCCAUUCCUCCAUUUGUGUUAUUUCAUAGUUCUGAUUACUUUAUUAUUAUGUGGAAAAUAUAAAUAAUAAGGAAUUAGUCGUAGGUGAGUAAAAGCUUUAUAUUAGUAGUGUAAUCUGUCAUUUGUAUAUGCAAUAAAUUAGACUGUUAUGUACUGUACAGUAUGUAGCCCAGUUCUUGCCAAGAUACCAUUUAACUGUGUUAGUAUGUAGCCUUUAAGCAUUUAGGACUGUAAUGCUUAACUUAGAUCCAUUUUCUACAGCACUUCAACAAAUUAUUAUAACCUUUAUUUUACCAGGAAAGAAAUAAGUCUAUUCUCGGCUCAUCGGAAUGACCAUUCAUCCCAAUAUCCAUACACACUGUAUUAAUGCAACAUAAUGAAACAGUGUCAGUGUCAAGAUAACAACGAUAAGAUUUUUUGCUGAGGAAACAGUAUUUUGCUAACAUUUGUCAUUUUAAUGUGCAUUUUGUCACUAGUUGUAAUUUGGCUAGUCAUUUUAGUGUCAUUCCUGAGCUAAUACAUGGGAAGGUAACAGGUUGUUAGCAUAAUUGUAAAGUGUUCAUCUGGUCUACAUGCGCAUAUAUGUUUUAUAAAAUAGAAAAUCGGGAUAGAUUUAAAGAUGUCACCCCUUUAACAGAUAGCGGGAUGCCACCUGUAUUGGCUGGUUGUAGACACAUUUUCAUUUAUUCACUUUCAUUAUUUUAAAUGCAUCUUGGAAUGUGCAUUUAGUGUUUUAGAGUUUUCACUCAUAUUUUUGCAUUGCAGUCCUGAUCUAAGCACAAACUGAACCCUGUAUUGAGGUUAUUUAGUCAUUUAGCACAAUGGAUCUCAACUAGGAGUGUAAAAAUGCACAGAGGCUCCACCUUGUAGAAGUGUUUGGGGUUAACGUAAUACGUACCGUGAGUUUGCAUCAAGUCAUUUUGUUCCGUCAGACAUUAUUUCAUGCUUUAUUCACUAUUCAUAAUAAUUUUGAAUCGUUUCUAAAGAAUUUAUCCAGAUCAGAUCAAAUCGAGACAAAUUCUCAGAUUUCACCAUGCAUUGUUAUCAUUAGGUAAAGAAUCCUAAUUUAAUCAAAGUCACAGCAAAUUUUUACACCCCUGUUCCCAACUUGUAGGUCGCCACCCAAAAAUGGAUUGAAGGUGUGUUCUGAUUGGGUUGUGAAAAAACAGUGUUACUGUAUAUUAAAGUGGAAUUAUUAAUGUGGUUUGUGCCAUUCAUUUUCAAUAGAAAUAUUUCAUGUUAAUAAUGUUUCAUAUUGUCAGGUCUGUGCAUUUCAAGGUAAUAUUAAUACAUUUCACUGUUUGAUUUUAGGGACAUUGUUUACUUAUGGACAAUAAACUAUUUUCUGUUUUAGAUCACCAAUUGUCCAGUGUAAAAUCAGUGUCCUGAAUCCAAACCUCUUAAGAACCAAUGAUUUAGAAUCAGACCCUUUCUUAUACUAGACAAUGAAUGGUCUUUCAUGGGUGUCUAUAUCAGAUCUUUAACCUCUAGGGUAAGGUAUAUAAGUGUUAUGUCCUUAUAUGAUCUUUUGGUGGAGUUUUUAAUGAGAAUUCUUAAUGUUCUCUUUACUGUACGUUGGUAUCACCAUUUCAUGCAUCAUAUCGAGUUGAGACAAGUUUUCGUCCGUGCCAUAACUGACCAGUGCACCUGCCCUUUUACUGCGCCUGACCUCUGACUGGUCACUGGUCAAUGGUUGUUUACGCCAUUGCCAUGACAAUCUUUACUUUAGAAGUGCUACAGAUAUGGAAGUUGCCUUAUAUGGGAAACAGUGGAAUGAAUUUGAAUGAUCUGUGACCUGUUUUGUUUUUGUAUGUUGUUAUCUCUUACAAACAUACACAUGUAAGGAGGACUUGGCUGUUAAGAUUGUUUACAUUAGAAUGUAUGUAAAGCAUUUCAAGCAUAAAUAA